AUGGAUUUCGACGAGUAUGAGUAUUUAGAGAAAACAGUUGAAAUUGCUGAAGUUGAAAAGGAGAAGCAUAGGGCUAAUGGUAGGGACAGAAGUGUGAUGUCCGAAGAGAGAGGGCAUAAUCGGAGUUCCAAGCAUAAGAGUGGUGAGAAGGAUGAUGAUGAUGUUGAUCUCCAUUCCAAGAAUUCAAAAUCUGGAGAUGAUUCCCGCCAUUACGAGAGGAGGAAAGAAAGAGGCUCCUCUCGUCAUGGUUUGCAGUCCAGAGAUGGAGAGAAGGAGAAGGAUCAGCACAGAAGCUCUGGGGGCAGUAGGGAUAGGAAGAGGGAUAGGGACAAAGACCAUGAGGACAAAGAUAGGAAGAGAGGUAGGGAAAGAGACAGAGAUCGCGAUCGUGACCAAGAAAGGGAUAGAAGGGACCGAGGAAGUGAGAGUGAACAGGAACACCGCAGCAGAAGUAGGCCCGAAAGGCAUAUGAGUGAUUUGGAGGACAGAGACAGAGAGACAAUUCUUGAUAAAGACAGAGAAAUAAACUGGGAUAAGGAUUACAGAGACAGAGAUAGGGUGAGGGAAACAAGGGAACGGGUUAGGGAAAGCAGUGUGAUAUACACUUAUACAGGCCUUAUGGAGAGACUUGGCCAAACGAAUCCUAAAAUUCCUUUGACUUUCGGAAUUCGACCCUCAUGUUCAUUGGUUCCUAGUCCUAAGACAGUCACAUUACGAGUCUGUGAGGAACCCGUGGAUAUGGUAGAAAGGUCAUCAGAUGAUCUUUCUGGUCAUUAUUGGACCAGGUGCUGGAACAUCGAGUCUUUGGUUUCAAAAGUUUCUUCCACCUGGAGUCAAUUUGAAACCGUGCAUUACAACCAUUCAUUAAAUGCUGGGUGGUUUGUUUGUGCACUCUGCUGUCCUGUUCUUGUGGAUUCUAUCCUUCGCUUUAAUCACAUCAAUAGUGAUGUCCUGUUUCAGCUUAAUGCAAUUAGGUCCCUCACUCACUCGCGAUCCAAAGAGAAAAAGGAAGAGGCAACAGAACCUGAGGCUGAUCCUGAAAGAGAUCAAAGAACUGUGUUUGCCUAUCAGAUUUCUCUGAAAGCAGAUGAAAGAGAUGUAUACGAGUUCUUCUCAAGGGCUGGCAAGGUGCGAGAUGUACGCUUGAUUAUGGACCGCAAUUCAAGGCGUUCUAAGGGUGUUGGGUGA